CUGACAUAUAAAUCCCCACUCAUUGGCCACUCCACCUGCUCUUGAGUCCUUCCAUCUUCAAGUUGUAUAUCUGGUUGAGCUUCAAUACUGACUACUGCUUCACCGUGGAUUAUUGAGUUAUUAUUCAACGCUCAGAUCGGAUCAUGGCCUCCGCAACAGGCAUCCCUCAGCUCCAUCCCGACAGCAUUGCAUCGCGCGAGGAUUCUCCCCUCUUGUCCACCCCCGGCAAUGAGCCCCAGUCUGAGGACAAUGCUGCUCUGUAUCCGAAUCUUUUCAGGGGCACUGCCCUUGCCGCUCAAGUAGGCAUCUGGCUGAUCGCCAUCCUCGUCUGGGCCGGCAUUCUCUCACAUCCGCUGAUCUUCUUUUCCGCUCACCCUCUCCUCAACUCCGCCGCCCUCCUCCUCCAAGUCCAAGCCACCCUCAUUCUCCAACCCACUUCCACCGCCUCCCAGAAGCGCCGGGGCACCAUCGUCCACUACUCCAUCCAGGCCCUCAGUGUGCUGGGCUUUCUGGCCGCCUUUCUCAUUAUCGAGAUCAACAAGGGCGAUCACGCCCGCCUCACCUCCCCGCACGGCGUCUUGGGGCUGGUAACUUAUAUCCUCAUCAUCCUGCAGGCGACCGGCGGCGUCGUGCAGUACUUCCUGCCCCUGACGCUUCUCGGCAGUGUCGAGCGCGGCAAGACUCUCUACAAGUACCAUCGGCAGUCUGGGUAUCUGCUGUUGGUACUGGAGCUGGCGACGGUCGUGGCGGCGACGCGCACGACCUUUAAUGUUAAUGUGUUGGGAAUUUCCUUGUGGGGAGUGGUGGUGGGUGCGGUAUUGGUGGUGAUUGGGGUGGGAGCGAGGAUUCGGAAGCAUAAAUUGGGGUAUUAGGGAGUGUUUGGUGAGUGUUAGUUGAUACGAGAAGCAUGAAACGGGAGUAGUAGUAGUAGUAGUAGUAGAAGAAGAAGAAGAAGAAGAAAAAAAGAAGGUGUGUGGACGAGGAUGGAUGGUAUGUUGAUAGCAUGUCAGUUGAACAGUACGGAAUUUACUGUAGGCAGUGGGUGUAUUGUAGUAUAUUUCCC